AUGCUGACUCUCGUUGUCAGUUUGCUGCUCCUGCUGCUGGAGUCCUCUUUGGGCUCUCUCCCGGCUCCCGCGCCCUCGAGUGUGACCCAGAUCGGUGAGGCGAACCUCAAUGACACCCUGUUCUCGAACGAAGUGGUGUUCCUCAACUUCUAUGCGGAUUGGUGCCCCUUCAGUGCCCGCCUGGCGCCCAUUUUCGAGCAGGCUGGGAAUUUGCUGAAAAUGCAGUAUCCCGAGCCGGGAAAGGUUUUGCUCGGCCGGGUGGAUUGUUUCAAGGAGACGCUUCUGGCGCAGAUCUACGACAUCCGGAAGCUGCCCACGCUGCGGCUCUUCUAUCGGGGUCAGCCGCUCCGUCGAGAGUUCCGUGGCAAGAGAUCCAAAGAAGCCCUGGUGGACUAUGUGAAGUUGCAGUUCCGCCCGCCGAUUGUGGAGUUCGAUAGCAACCAGGAGCUGGCCAUCAUCGAUCCCAAGCGAAGGUCUAUCAUUGCUUAUUUUGAGUAUUCCAGCGAUCCGGUGAUUGAUAUUUUUAAUCGUCUGGCGGAUCGCUUCAAGAACGACUGCGAUUUCUAUAAGCAUGUCGGUUUGAUGUGGGAUGGGGAUCCAACGGCAAGGCCUGAGGUUCUGCCGGCCCUGAUCUUCCGGCCGGAUGUGGCCCGCACUCAUGGCCAGGACGAGAGGUUCGAAGGGAAUCAUCUAGAUAACGAUGAGCUGUACUCCUGGAUGCUGCAGCAUUGUGUCCCAUUGGUGCGAGAAAUCGACUUUCAUUCCGUCGAGGAGAUAAUCGAGCAGGGACUGCCGCUUCUGCUGCUUUUCCACCAACCCGACGACCUUCUGUCCGUCAAGGACUUCAAGUCCAUCGUGCAGAUGCAGCUAGCCGACAUGAGGGGCAAGUUUAGUUUUGCCACUGUGGACGGAAUGCAGUUCGUCCACUCGGUGCAUCAUAUGGGAAAGACCACCAAGGAUCUGCCGCUCAUAGCCAUCGAUUCGCUGCAGUUUAUGUUUCCAUUUCCCCAGUUCUCAGAUCUGUAUAUCCCAGGCAAACUUAGGCGAUUCAUUGACAAUUUUCUUAGCCGGUACUUGGACCAGCAGCUGAAAAAGACAGAGGCUCCGGCACCAAACAAAGACUCUGCCCCGGCCAAAUCCACCUUCAAGGAGUUGGGACCCUCCAAGCACCGGUACUCGCUGCUCCAUGAUGAGCUGUGA